AGAAUACUAAGUCCUCUUUACAAGCAUCCUGAAAUCCGUGCAGUGGCUUGCCUCUCUUUCUAAGUCCUUUGCAAGCUUCAGAGUACAGCACACUCUUCGGGAUCCUGUAAUCCAGCAUUCAUGUGACAUGUCCAAGCCACCUGAGUCUUUUACUAACGUUCCCUUGAAUGACAUACCAGCAUGAUUUAACACUUCCGUAUUUGUCACCCUAUCUGGCAAUCUUAUUUUAUGCAAGCAUCUGAUAUGAAAGAUCUUUAGUCUUUUGGUACAUUUGGCAUAAAUCGUCCAUGUUUGUGAGCCAUAUAGAAGAGUGGGCAAAACACGUUUCAUAAAUACAGCUUUUCACUUUAAUUGACAAUUUGUUAUUGUUCCAGGCUCUGUCUUGCAAUUCAACUAGUGAGCCCAGUACCAAGAUCUCUAUUGCUGGUAAUCGUAGAAUGAACGUAGCAAAACUGUUCAACAACAUCCAUCUAAGAUGCGGUUUGGAGAUGGUUCUGAACAGCCUUGGUACAUUAACAGACUAUGCAAAGACUAAACUACAAACAGACAAGCCUCAUUAGCCGGGAUGUUUCCAUCUAAUUCUUCCCCCACUAUAAUUCCUCCCCUUCCCCAUCCCAGGUAUUUUGAAGGCAUUUGGACCUAACCAUGGAAGCAACCAUUGAUCCACGUGUCCUCCCUCCACUUCUAGAGCUCAAAGUCCUGAGGGGUGAGUCCAGCAGCCCAGGUUCCAGAUGGCUAAUUAAAAUGCGCCUGAUCUCCCCCUAAGCUGACAGCAGCUCCUCUUUGAUUUUCAUUUCACCUGACGCUGCACGGCCCCAACCUCUCGCUUUGCCAUUCCCGAGCGCUGAGCCCACGUUGCAUCCCCUGACAGCGAAGGACAAGCUGAGUGGCAGAGGGAAAUCAGAAUUAUGAUUUAAACUCAGCAAGGUUAGUUCUUUCAAGGGCUCAGGCUUCUUUCUCCACCCCCCACACCCCACUUCGGUGCAGAAGCUGCAGGAGUUGAUCCUGAAAAGCUGCAUUAGGAAAAAGGGGACUCAGAGCAAUCUGGGAAUUCCUGACUUUCAGGUCUGGAGGCCUGUUUGCAGCCUGUCUUGGAUCACAGGUGAAGCGAGUUUUUUCUGAAGCUGGUCUCUGUGCACAUCACAAACACCCACAUGGUGUAGCACCUUAUCUCAAGAUUAGCAGCAUCUGCUCCUCAGGAUAUGUCUGCACUGCAUGCAAAACCCGGGUUCUGACCCAGGUUUGAGCCCAAGCCCUCCUGACCACAGUCUGACUCAGGUCAGCAAGCACUCAGGACCUGGAUCCUAGAACCCUGCUAGGGGGGUGGGUCAGAGACCAAGUCCAAGCCCUGUCAUUUUGGAGUGUGGAUGCCACAGUCCUGAGUCGGAAGGUUUGGGUAGCGUAGCAUGGAUGCAUUAGCACAGCUGUGAGCCUUGGGUCCAGCAAUUGAAAGCCUGGAUUUACCAUGCAGCAUGGAUUCUCAAGCAUAGGGUUAGAAACACCAAGUCCAUAAGCCCAGGUCCCACAAAUCUGGGUUUACAAUGCAGUGUAAGACAUACCAUGUGAGGGUAGGUCUACGCUGUGAUAAAAAUCAUGCUGCACUGAGUCUCAGAGCCCGGGUCAGCUGACUUGGGCUCGGACUGCAGGGCUAUAAAAUUGCAGUAUGGCGGUCUGGAGCCCGGUCUCUGAUCCUCCCCCCUUGUGGGGUCGCAAAGCCCAGCUCCAGCCCUAGUCCAAACAUCUACACUGCAAUUUCAUAGCCCCAUAAGCCUGAGUCAGCUGACCCAGGCCAGCCACAGCCAUGCCGCAGGUCUUUCAUUUGCAAUGUAAACCCAACCUGAGGGACCCAGGACUGGACUAGCAAGGGCUGUUGCAGGUCAGGACUCAUUGACAUUGGCAGAACUCUUGGGGAGGAACCGGAUACUAGAAUAGCAAGGGGACUGUAAGUCAGGAGGGAGGCACAUUGGCAGAGCUGUGUGAGUGCCUGGGAUUGGAACAGCACUGGGUGCUGCAGGUCAGGAGUGAGGUGCAUUGGCACAGCGGCAAACUUGAGUAGUAAUUGCUAGCCGUAAACUGGUUCAAAACUACAGGUUCUCUGUUUGAUUAACCUGGUGCAGGCACUCUGGUGGCACAGAUGGGUUGCCAUGGCAGUUAAUCCAGCUGCAGUGUUGACUACGUUGCAGAUUUAACAAACAGCCUUUGCUGGCACAGCCAGCCUUAGUGAGCAGGGAGAUGCUCAGAGGCUGUGGGUUGGAGAUGCAAAUUUACACAAAGUCUUGCUCGUCCCUGAUGGUGUUUCAGGGACCAAAGCCAUGCAGAAACAGCAGCACAGGUUGAAUUUCCUGUCUGCAGUCUGGACAAGUGCAGGAGCUGAGAUUCAUAUGUUUCAGGAGCUGCCCAGGUGACACAAUCAUUCUGCAUCAGCACCAUUUGUCACCUGGAAUAAACAUUUGUGGUGUGACCAGAGUGGCCUCUUGGAUCACAUUAACUACCUUGAGUUCACUGGCAAUCAGCUCACGUGAGGUAAAACCUCUUUGUCGGUGUAGCCCGAGUGAUCCUGGUGGAAAGCUUUGCCAGUGACACGCGGUGGUGGUAACCAUCACAAGGUCAACGCACAGCAUUGUCCAUCAUAGCACACCUACUGCUGCUCUAGCUCUCCAUUCAGGCUCCCUCCUGACUGUGGGCAGGGAGUCCCUCUAGCCAGGAGCCUGUGACUAGAGCCCUGGCCUGGGCCGUCUUCAGAGAGUGGUUUUGGUUGAGAUGAAGGAGAGGACACCCUUGGAGAUCAUGGUUGAGAUGGAGAGGCCUGGCCUGGUGUCCUUUGGCUGAGAUGAAGAAAAAAACAUCUUGGCCCCCGAUUUGUGGGAAGCUUUGCUCUCUCUGACAUAAAAGAGGGAAAGGGGGCACCAAUGUAAACAAACCAUGCUUGGAGGUUGGCAGAGUCCCUGAGCCUACCAAAGCGUAAAAGUGCCAGGCUGGUUAUGAAGGUAGAACCUGAAUUAGCUGCUUCUUCCCCAUCCCACACAGACUCCUGGGUCUCUUUAUGGUAGUUUCUUGGGAAGCCGCAUUAUUGCUCCUGUUAACACAGUGCUGGGUUCAGCGUCCUCUUUGCUUUUCUGACAUCCCUGAAGGCCUUGCUCCGGCACAACCAACCCACUGAGUUAGAUCCGUGGGAUGUGCCUGUCAUGACAUGGCAUCACCACAUGGUGGCAGCCCCCUUAGCGUUUCCGGACACUGCCAAUGCCCUCUAAACACAGGAGAGUCAAACCCAGUCUCCUCACCUCUUGGCAAUGAGCAGAGGUCACUGCCCACCAGGGCUGGGUCUCCAUGAGGGGGCAAUUAAAGCAGGAUUCUUCAUUUUAGGCAGCUCUUGACUUGGAAAGAAUGUAGAUGCAUCAGGGAGUCAGAAUCCUCAUGGAAGCCCAGGGCUGAUUUCAGCCAGCUGGGGUGGAAUGGAGUUGGCUCAGCUGCCUCACUUGGAAGGGAGAUCGUGGACUCUGGAGUAGAGGAAAGACAGAGAUCCACCUGGGGGAGCUGCCUCGGCCUGCCGUGGGGCUGGCUCCACUUACACCCUGCUCAUUGCUGUGCAUUGUUCAGCUUCAUUCCUAGGUGCUGGGACCCUGCAGAGAGAGCGGCGAGGCCAUUGCUGGCUUCCUCCCAAGAGGAAUGUUCCCCCACCUUCUUCUUCUAUUCCAAAAUGUUUGCAGAGUGCAUUGACAGUCCGAGGAGGUGUUAGAGACUUUGGAUUCCUUCCCGGAUCUUGGAUGAUGUGAAACACAGUGGAGCUGGAGGCAUCAGACAAAGGAGUGCGCUGAAUAUUCUAACAGUGCCGGGGGGCCCGGUGCUCCCAGCCCAUGUUAAAUUAAUUUUGGGAGUAAAUGCUGACCAAAGAGAUCCAAGGGCUGGGAUAUGCAUGCAUGGCUCCUGCUCCAAACUCCAAACAUAACUGAAGCAGGGAGCACGUUAAUAGCACCCAGCAAGAUUCUGACAAACAGAAUGGUGCAGAAGAACUACUUGGCUCUGGAGUCAGUGACAGACCCGCAGACAGGCACAGAUGUGAGGCGGAGCUCAGCACAGGAGCAGGUGGUUCCAGACAAGAUGGGGUUCACAAGCCUGAAGGCUGUGCCAGCAGCAGACAGUGCCCCAGAGGUGACAGAAGAGCCAAACCCAACCCUGGAGACACACAAGGACUCAGCAGGCAUGGACAGCAGCUAUGACUUUUCAACCUCCAGUUUGGACAGCCAUUGUGAACCUGACCUGGCUCUGGCCCCUGGAGACAGUCUCCCUGACAAAGGUCCCCAGUUGGAGUCUGGUGACCCCAGCUCCACAGCCUCCUUGCCCUGGCUGCAGUUACCGGAGGAAUGUCCGCCUCAGCCUAGCACCCUGGAUUUCUCCAACUCCCUCAAAUUCCUGGAGGAAGUGAAGCAGACGGGCCAGAAGAGGAAUAGUGACCACUCGAACAUCCAGGAGAACGGGGUGGAGAGAUGCCCCGAGGCAUCUUCCGUCAGCGAGGAGAGGAGGGCACUGGAGUCGGAGCUGGGGAAGUGCAUCGAAGACUUCAAGAAGAUCAAGAUCCCCAUCUCCUUCCCCAACAAGAAGCGGCAGUGGCAAAGCGAACUACUGAAAAAAUACCAUGUCUGAGGGAAGGGACUGGGACUGAAGCCUCCCACCACCCAGGACUGACUGGCUUCCAAAGCCACAAGAGGCACCUUCCCCUGCAUCCUGUCCAUGAUGGGUCAGCCUGCCAUGUACUGGGUGUCCCCGGCCCCUAUUGAUGACCAGGAGCAGCUCAGCAUCUUGCAGGCUUGAGCCCUCUUUGAAGAGGGACUUAAGAGAGCCUCUUACUUUAAACCAGUUAUUUGGUGACACUGGGACUAACUGAUUUACAUCCUGUCUGACUUCAUUGACUUUACCCAGGUCACUCAGGGGUUGUUGACAACAGGGUUUUGUCCAUGUAUUCAAAACAAAGAGCAGUGUUUUUUUGGUCAAUGGGUCAUUCCAGAAAUUGGUGCUCCACAGGCAGAGAUUAUAAAACUACAGUCUGCUUGUUCCCAGGGCAGUCAAGGGUGAAAUGUGCAUGAAAGGAGCUGUACAAAUCCUAGAAGUGAAAAUAUUUGAAUGAGUCAGGAUGGGAAGGAGGAAACUGAGACUGCUUUGUGUUGUGUCUGUGGGGACAAACCUACGCCCAAGCAGUAUGGACAUUCCUGCCUUUAUGACAGCAUGACUGUUAUCGGAGCUCCUGGGGUUAAUAAAUGUAGCCGAUGAUUAACCUAA